AUGAUGAAUUGUCAAAAUUACUUGGAAAAAUGGGACAAUAAAAUUAAAAGAAAAAUUAAAUUGUUCACAAAAAUAAUAACACUUCAUAAAUCAUCAACUUCUUUUGAUGCUGAUGAGAUCAAACCUGAACACAUAUUAGAUAUAGACCCACCGAUCAUCCGUGGUAGUAGAAAGCAAGUAGUGCAAAAAUUGUAUGUAAGGGUAAGAAAAGUUGCAGAAAAAUCAAUCUCUUCUGGAUAUUGUCAACGUUCAACAGUAUUAUAUCUUAUAUCACAAUGGGGAGAAUAUAAUCUUAAAACUAUACUUGCUGAACGACCCGGACGUCUCAGUUGGUCGGAAAAAUUAUCUAUUUCUCAUGGAAUAGCGAAUGCAAUCAAAUUUUGUCAUGAUCAAAAUAUUUUGCAUUAUGAUUUACAAAGUGAUAAUAUAUUUUUGGACUUGCAUUUUCAACCGAAACUUUAUAACUUUCGCACAGAAAAAGAAUCACCGAUAAUAUUAAAGUCAGCUAAUGAUCCGGUUGAUGAAAGAUGGUCUGCACCCGAAAGACUUAAUGGUAAAGAAUAUACAAAGGCCAGUGAAAUUUAUAGUUUUGCGAUUGUUUUAUGGGAAAUUGCAACAAAUCAAUUGCCAUUUGAAAAUAUUACAUCAAAAGAAGAGUUGAGCACAAAAAUAAUCAUUGGUGAAAGGCCGACACCAAGAUCAGUUUCUGGGACACCAAAGAAACUUCAACAAAUGAUAGAACACGGAUGGUGCAACAGACCAAAUGAUAGACCAACAAUCGAAGAAAUGGUUCCUAUACUUGAUGCAUUGGAUUUUGCUUACAUUGCAAACAAAAAAGUUGAAACAGUUGAUGACGAAAUUUAUUUAUUGUUAUCAGCUGAUAACUCGGAUAGGAAAUCUAUAAUAUCCAAUGCAUCAUCAAUAUAUGACGCAGAUAUUGAAUAUUACAUGCCAACCAAUUUACCUGAUACUGAAGACCAACAACAAUAUAAACAGAGAUCAAAAAAACAAUUAAAUCCGUUCAAUAAAAAGAAUUACGAUAUCCAAAAGGCGAUUCAAUUUCACAAGGAUAAAUCAUACAAAAAAGCAUGGAAGAUUUUCAGUGAUUUAGAAAAAAAUAAUUCUACACCUGAAACAAAAUUCUGGGUAGGAUUUUAUUAUUAUAAAGGAUAUCACGAAGGUAGAGAUGGGAGGCCGAAUGCUAAAGAAGCUACGAAAUAUUUGUGCGAGGCAGCAAAAUUAGAUCAAAUAGAUGCACAAUAUUGGUAUGCAAAUAUGAUACUAAAUGGUAGUUUAGUAGCAAAAGAACAGGAUAACGAGAGAUUUAAAGUAGCAUUGGAAUAUUUGAGACAUGCUGCCAAGUUAAAUCAUCCCUUGGCAUUAAGAAUGUUGGGAGGAAUUAUCAAAAAAGGUCAAUAUGGAAUGAAAUUUGAUCGUAGUGUAGGCAAAGAUAUGGUUGAAAGAAGUAAAAGUCUUUAUUGCUCAAUUAACAUCAAUAAGAAUAAUGAAGAUCAAAAUACAAUAAGGUCAAAAAUACAUAGAUUUAGUAAUUAA